ACAGCAACAGCAGCAGCAGCAGCAGUCGCAACAACCACAACAACAAUUUGACAUGUUCGCGUCUCGUUUACACAAUAACUCAAAUUAAUUGAAUAUGUUGGCAAAUGAGCAAAACGUAAAUUACGCUAAAAGGCCACAAAUCGAGCGCUACAAUUUAAACGGCGGCUGUUAUUAACAUGGCUGCCGCAUCCGCUGGCCAACAGCUGCAGCAGCAGCAGCAGCAACAACAGGCGCAGCAUAAAUUGAACAUUGUUGGUGUUGGCAAUGCGGAGACGGUUGCUGGCGUGCUGCAGGUCAACAAUGAGUUGCAACAGCAACAGCAACAGCUCAACAUGUACAAGCAGCAGCAGCAACAGCAAUUGUUGCAGCAACAGCAACAGCAAUUCUAUCAGCAGCAAACGAAAUUUGUAUCGCGGGUCGUUACAAAUGCAGCCGCAAUGCAACCACAACAACAACAACAACAGCAGCAACAGAUAUUACCAGCUGGUUUGGUAAAUGGCAGCGCCAACAUGAUGCAAGCCACAAAUGUUGCUGUACAGCAGCAGCACCAACAACAGCAACAACAACAACAACUGCGGCACAGUCAACACAUUUUUGUGUGUCCAGCAAUAGGCACGCAGCUACAGCAGCAACAACAGCAGCAGCAGCAACUCCAACAGCAACAGCAGCAACUUCAACAGCAGCAGCAGCACCAAACCAAACAGCGUUUAGCGCAAAUCAAGUUGCCUGUAAAGUCCGCAGCAGCAGCAGCAGCGGCAGCAGUCGCAACAGCAACUGUUGCUGCUACGCACUGUAUGCCAGCAACAAUUGCAACGCGUCAAAUGAAUCAGAACCAUCAGCAACAGCAGCUCUAUGCUAAGAAUUUGGCCAAAAACAAUAAUGCUGGCAACAACAUCAACAACAGCAACAGCAAUAACAAUGCAAAUUUGGCUCCAGGCUGGCGACGACUAACCAACAACAAUGAAGUGGCCUACAUCAGUCCGACGGGCAAAACGCUGCGCACACAAUUCCAAAUUAAGGACUAUUUGCUAACACAGGGUACCUGCAAGUGCGGCCUGCCGUGUCCGCUGAGGCCGGAAUACUUUUUCGAUUUUAAUGCACGGGUGCCCAACAUGCCAUUAAAGGUGUCGCCAGUCAUCAGCAGCAGCAGCAGCAGCAGCAGCAACCAGGAGAGGGCAACUGCAACAGCCACACAUCUCUGCUCGCAUCAGCGUCAUUUGCUCGAUGCUGAGCAGCCCGCGAAGGAGUUAAUGAUGGCCACAAUAUCGGUGGCAACAGUAGCAGCUGUCAACGAUGCGUUUAAUACGUUGAUGGCAACAGCCGCGGUGACAUCCACAACAACAACGACAACAUCUGCAACAGCAACAAUAGCAACAACACUCGAAUUGGCCAACAAAGACGCUGAUUGCCACAAAUAUGGCAACAACAACAAUAAUAAUAAUAACAAACUGGCUGGCAGGACAUCGUACGCAGCAACAGUUCCAAUUGCAGCCACACCCAUGCAAACUAGUCAUACAACAGGCGUGGACAGCACUCUGAAACGAACAGCAUCGGCUUCAAUUUCCGCUCCAGUUUCCGUUCCAGUUGCAAAUCUAACCGCAACGCAUGUGAUAAAGCCAGCGGUUACGCCGCCAGUUCCUCAUCCUCCUCCACCACCACCUGCGCAGCAGCCCAAUUUCAAGGAUGAUCCGGCGGGCUAUUUGCAGCAGCAAACGGCACUCCUGCACAACACACUCGGCGCCGGAUUGGAUUCGGCUAAGCCACUAACAGCGACGACCACGGCCCGAGCACUGCCACAGGAGCCCAUUGUGCAUAGCUCGCAACAUCAACAUCAACAGCAUCAGCAGCUGCAGCAGCAUCAACAGCAUCAGCAGCAGCGUCAACGUAUACGACGCCUGUCUCUCCUCAAUGGCGGAAAAUGGGAACUGGAGUCGAGUCCAGCGACGAGCAAUGCCGUGCCGCGUUCCCUGCAUGUGGAUACGGCGGCAGCUGCAUUUGCGCGCCCACAAAAGCCGCAGAUCACCAGCAUUACGGUGGUGCCGGCGCCGCAGGAGUCGCCCGUAUCCAGCAGUGGGUCGGAGCCAGAGAAACGGCCCGAACAGGUGGGUGCCAUCUCCACCAGCCACGAGAGUCCGCGUCACAGUCUCUCCUCGCCCACGGACUCUAUAGACUCGGCCAAGAGCACCCCCUCCGCCUCACCCAAACCUCAAGCCCAAACCCAACCACAGCCCCAACCUCAGCCACAGCAGCUACAAUUGCAAAUGCGUCAGCCUCAGCUGCAGGUGCCGUCAGCUGUCCAGCCCACGGCUCAGUUGCGUCUGCUGCGCCAGCAGUGUCAGCCCAUAGUUGGUGGACAGCCCGGACAACGUCAGGCUGUGGCCAAUAAUGGUGCCACAACGCUGACGCGCAGCAUUGUUACAACGACGGCGGGCAUCAGUAGAUCAGGCACAACGCUGAGCAGUGCCAAUACUGCUGUGGCUCAGCUGCAAUCGAUGGCGGGCAACAGUGGCGGUGGCAACCAGCUGAUCAUGACCUCCUCCGGCCAACUGCUGGUCAUACCCACGUCUGGCAAACAUCCGACAACGGCUGCCCAAGCUCAACGACCGCUGCACGCCCAGCCCAGCGGUGGCUACAUUGUCAGCCAACCAUCGCAGAUGCUCAAUGCGAAUGGUGCCGCCAAGUUGCUGCACCAUCAGAUCAUCAGCUCGCAGGCCAGCCAAAUUAGUCAGAUCAGCCAGGCGGGUGGCACAGCGACGGCGCCGACGCAGACCGUCCUGCUCAACACACUGCCCAAUGGCGGCUACAUCGUACACCACCAGCAACAGCAACAGCAGCAGCAGCACCACCACGCGGCUGAGCAGAAUCAGUUGUUGGGCAUGCAACAGCCACAGGCGACGGCAACCAUUAUUAAUUCGCCCGAGGCGAAACGAAGGCCGCGCAAGCGCAAGAGCUCUGUGUGCAGCACACCACCUCCUCCGCCGUUGAUAUGUGGUACUGCCGGGUCGCCGGUUAAGACGCACUCGCCCCAGAUCUCGCCCAGCAUACCCAGCCAGGCGCCAGCGCUGUUGCAACAAGCGGCAAAUGCAGCUGCAGUUGCAGCCGCGGCGCCACCGCCACCGCCGCAAUUUUCGCAGCAAUUCCAGCUGAGUCCCGGCAUCCAGGGCAUUGUGGUCAAUAAGCCGGCGACGGCGGCACCACAGACCCAGCAGCUGCUGCUCCAGAAUGGUCAGAUACUGCAGCAGGUGAAUCUCAUUGGGCAGCAGUUACUUAUGCCGGCCGGCCUGGUCAUGGGACCGGAUGCCACAUUGUUGCAAAUCCAGAAUAUGCCCACGACGAGUUUGCUGACGCACCAGGGACCGGUUAUGCUGCGUACUCCGUCGCCGCAGAACAAAGCGUCCUUUAUAUCGCCCGGCGCCGGUGGCCAGCAGUAUAUUGUGGGUGCCAACGGGCAGCUCAGUCCCAUCGGUCAGAUCUAUUCGACGCCCAUGGGUCUGGUGAUGCCCACAGCGCAGCAGAGCGGCGCAUCCUUUGUGCAGGCCAGUCCCACGGCGACGAUACAAAUUCAGCAGCAGCCACAACAGCAACAACAGCAGCAGCAGCAGCAGGCUCAGCAGAUCACAUUGCAGCCGCCCCAGGCAACCAGCUACGUCUCGGAAUCGCAUAGCAGUCGCCAGUUAACUGCCGCCAGCCCGCCGGAUACGACCACAUGCAGUCCGCAGAGUCCCGAGCGACCGCCCAGCCAUCGUAGCAGCGGGAGCGGUGACAUGGUGCAGUGCGUGUCCAGCUCAGAGCCAGAUGCAGCCAUUUCCCCCCAAAGCGUCGAGAGCCGCCAGUCGCCCUCAUCCACGGACUGCGAGAGAAGCAUUUGCAGCAGCAAUUUAUUCAGCCAGCCCAGCAGCAUGUAUAAGCCAUCGGAGCCGAAGAUACGACGGAUACACAUCACAUCGCAGCAGGCGUCGUCGGAGAGCGGUCACACCAUGGGGCUAAUGGGUCAAGAGUCACCCACCACCACGCAGCUGCCGACCAUUGCGGAUGCACCAGCGCUCAGUGAAGCUUCACCCAUUAAAUCCAACUGCCGCACACCAACAAAGCGAGCACGUCGAACGCAUCGCACGGUGGCAAGAACAUGUUCGGUGGCACUGUUGCCACCUCGAACAUUUGCCAUUGGUGAGCUGAUCUGGGGGCCGGCGCGUGGACAUCCUGCCUGGCCUGGCAAAAUUGUUAAGAUGCCCGACGGUGUUUGCACACCAUCGCAACAGUUCGAUCAUGUGUGGGUGCAGUGGUUCGGCGGUGGCGGGCGUUCCACCUCCGAGCUGAUACCGGUCAACUUGUUGCAGAGCCUCUCCGAAGGCUUGGAGGCACACCACAAGGCGCAAAAGGAUACCAGAAAGAGCCGCAAAUUGAACUCGCAACUCGAGCGGGCUAUACAAGAAGCAAUGACUGAGUUGGAUAACAUUUCAGCAUCGGCAACCUCAGCAUCCGCAGUUAUUGGCCAGCAACUACAGCAGCAGCCUACGUCAACACACAACAGCAACAAUGGUGGAUUGGCGCGAGGCAAGCGCCAAGCGACGCCAAGUGGUCAGGCGAAUAGCGGUAGUGGUGGCAGCAUGACGCUGACCGCUAGCACAACGGCCACACUGAGCGGACUCUUCAAUCAGCAGCGUGCCAAGCCCAUACGGAUAGCUCCAGCGCCGCCAGCCGGUGUUCCGGCAUCAUCAUCAGCAGCAGCAUCGGCAGCUAGUGCAGCCGCGCAGGCGGAGAUCUUGAAGCUGGCCAAAUGACCAGCGCUGGCGGCGUUGCCGUCGACAAUAACCACAGCAAACUAUACGCUCGUUAUUGGGCAUAAGUAGAGGCAGCUGGCCAUAAAAAAGUAUAUUUGCAUACAUAUAUAUAUGUAGUUAGAUAUCAGUGUCAACUGUCUGUCGCUUUCGAGUUCGUUUCGAGUUGAUUUCUAUAGUUUUCUAUCGAAUUUCGACUCUGCUUAGUUGCGCCUGUGUGGCUCCGCGACACAUCUAUGAAAUAGACAAUAAAAACAAUAUGAAAAUGUUAACGAAAACGUAGUUACAAAGAUAAAUGUUUUAACAAUAAGUUUUCUGUUGCUUUGUGAAGCAGUGUGUCUGUCCAAAUCGCAAAACUGAGUUGUUUUUUGUAUAUAUGAUUGUAUUUACAUAGAAAGGAUCACAGAGAAUACUUAUUAUUAUCAUUAUUAUGAACAGAUGUAAAUGUUAGGUACAUACAUAUUUAUUUAUUGCAUAUAAAGCAUAGUUUGCAUAGGUUUUUUGUUUUCGUUGCAAUCUGUAGACUUAACUAUUAUUUUUAUAUUUAGCUAGCCUAAGCCGAUUUUUAGCCACUAAGUUAUAAUAGCCAAGUAAUGCACAUUCUGAUGAGCUCAUUGUUUUUGGCCUAAUUCAACAAAUUCUUACAGAGAACAGAGAACAUUUAAAUCAAAAGCAAAUUACUGAUACUGUUUCUAAUUUUGAGAUACUUAUUGAAUGGGAGAUAUCAACAAAAUAUUUACGUUAAACUUAAACUCGACAAAAACUCAGCUAACGAGUAAGAGAACACAAAAAAAAGAGAAUUAUAUUUAUAAAUUGUUAUUAUUUAUUUAGUUGAAACUAUUGUAAAAUUUUAGAAAACAAAUACGACAAAAUCAAUUGACAUUUAAACACGUAGCGAAAAUCCACUAAAAAACAAGAAUAAAUGCUAAAAUAUUCCCGAAAACC